CCAUUGCCAUCAACUUUUCGUAUCAGUUUCCGGCUUGAAGUACCAAGAUGUUGUUCCCUCGCCGUCUUCCUCACGUUCUCAGUGUUGCCUUGGCAGCUUUACCUUCCAUAAAAGCAACAUCAAUACCACUAAACUCGACCUCACAUAAUGAUGGAAAGAAUGGAGCCGUUGCUAGUGAAAGUUCCAUUUGCACAGAUAUUGGUAUUGAUAUUUUGAAAGUCGGAGGAAAUGCUGCUGAUGCUAUCGUUGCCGUACAACUCUGUGUCGGAGUAGUUGGAAUGUAUCAUUCCGGCAUUGGAGGUGGUGGUUUUGCAACUGUACGAUCAGCCAAUGGAAGUUACGAGUUUAUUGAUUUCCGUGAAAUGGCUCCCGCCGCCGCUUUCGAAACAAUGUAUUCCCCUCCUCUCUCCAACUCUGAUGCCUCCCUCUAUGGUGGUUUGGCAAGUGGUGUACCAGGAGAACUCCGUGGUCUCGAGCACAUCCACACAAAAUACGGAGUAUUGCCAUGGAAACAAGUCGUACUACCUGCAGUUAAGGUUGCUCGCUAUGGUUUCAAUGUUACUGCCGAUUUAGCCCGCUCCAUGGCUUCUUCUACAAGUUCCUACGAUUUUUUGACGUAUGACGAAACUUGGGCAAUUGACUUUGCACCAAAUGGGACCAGAGUCAAGUUGGGUGACUUAUUCACAAGAAAAAGAUAUGCGAAUACACUUGAAACCAUUGCCGAACAUGGUCCAGAUGCAUUCUACACAGGCGCCAUUGCAAAUGCUACAAUCGUUGCACUUCAAAAAUCCAACGGAACGAUGGAACUUUCGGAUUUGAAAAAUUACACUAUCGAAUCUAGGAUCCCUUCGAAUAUUACCUAUCGAGGUUUUAAAAUUCAUAGCGGAACUGCUCCAUCCAGCGGUGCUGUAGUUUGCAGUGUUUUUAACAUUGUUGAGGGUUAUGAUAUGUCAAGUCCAAGUCAGCUGAACUUCUCAACUCAUUACCUAGAUGAGGCAAUGCGAUUUGCUUAUGGUCAAAGAACCUUGUUGGGAGAUCCAACUUUCCUCCCAAACUUGACAAGUUAUCAGCAGGAGAUGUUAUCAGAAGAUACAGCUGUUGAAAUCCGAUCCCAAAUCGAGAAAUAUCAUACUUUGAAUGCAUCCGCCUACAACCCUCAAAGUUAUGGUAUUCUUUCUGAUGAUGGAACAUCUGCUUCCGUUGCUGCUGAUAAGAGCGGUCUCACAAUUGCCAUGACAUCUACCAUUAACACAUUAUUUGGAAGUAAACUCAUGGUUCCAGAAACGGGUGUCAUUAUGAACAAUGAAAUGAAUGAUUUCUCUAUCCCAAAUACCACCAACGCUUUCGGUUAUGCUCCCGCCCCCGCAAACUUCAUUCAACCCUUCAAGCGACCCCUCUCCUCCAUCUCCCCAACCAUCGUUGAAUACCCCAACGGUACUGUCUACAUCGCCCAUGCAUCUGCAGGCGGCUCCCGUAUUAUCACAGAAGUAAUCCAACAUCUCUGGCACGUCCUUGACCAAAACAUGACUUCUGCCGAAAGUCUCCGUCAACCAAGAUUACACGAUCAAUUAUCUCCUAACAACGUCUCCUUUGAGUAUGGAUCCGAAACUUUCGGUAUCGAAGGAUACAGUAAUGAAACCACCGCAUUCUUUGAGGAAAUCGGAGCAACAAUUUCGUUUGUAGCGGUGGGAAGUACGACUGCGCAGGCAUUGAGGAGAUUAGGAAACGGAACUUUUGAGGCAGCAGGUGAACCCAGACAACUUAAUAGUGCGGGCUACACGAUUUAGAUCUUAGGGGUGGCAAUAAGAAUACGGUGUACAUGUGACAUGAUAAUGAAAAGUUUAUUAUUCCCCUACUACUCCCUAUCGCUGGGAUAUGUACUU